GGAGAGGGGAGAGGGGAGGUGGAAGGCUGGGGAAGCGGCAGGAGGGGUGAAUGCAAGGUUCAAGCACCAAUAAAAGCCGCUCUCUGUCCCAAGCAGCAGCAGUUGCCUUCGUCUCAGCGGCCGUCAGGAAGAUGAGGACCAACGGGCUGCUCGUGGCUGUGCUGGUGCUGGCGGGGGGGGCGGGGGUGCACUCGGGCCAGCAGCAGCAGACUGACCCGGUCGAGCCGCAGGAGCCACAGUACUUUACCUGUAACCAAAAUGAGGUGUGCAUCUAUUGGCCGCAGUGCUACGAGGGCGUCGUCAACAAGGGCGGCAUCGGAAUCAUCAACCCACGCACGCCCGAACCCAUCCCCAGCAACUACACUGACGCCCGCCCAUGUGAGGACAUCGGGAGGCUGUGUUGCGUCGACCCUGACAAGAAGCCCGAGCCUAUCGGCGCAGUGUGUGACCUCCACCACCUCUGCGUCCCGAAGGAGCAAUGCUACAAUGGCGAAAUCAACACCUCCGGCGUCGGCCUCAUAGACCAGCGCGUCAGUCCCCCCAAGUGUAUCAACCCCGAGUACCCGGACGUGCAUGCUGUGUGUUGCAAACGUCCCGAGCCGUUGCCUCUGGUCACCUGCCCCGCCGCCCACGAGACCUGUCGCCUCCCCGCAGAGUGUGACAUUGCCGUCGGCACCUACGAUACCGCAGCUGUGGGCUGCUACGUGGACCCGGCGACAGGCGUGGACGUCGGCGUGUGCUGCAGUCCCCCGAAGGUGCAGCUUUGCAGCCGUGGUCACGUGUGUGUGACCUACGAGCAGUGCACCGAGCAGGGUACCGUCAACACCGACGGCGCAGGCAUCAUCAACCCCCGAAUCUAUGACAGGUGUGACCUGGCUGGAGGAGGGCAGGGUAUGUGCUGCAAGGAGCCUCCGAUAAUAGAUGUCCACCCGCCAGUCCUGAAGUGCUCCCAAGAGGGCCAUCUGCAAAACCAACGUGUUUUGCAAGGCAGACUCCCUCUCGGCACCCCAAGGUUACACGGAGGUAUGAUGAAGCUUGAUUCUACAGGCUGUGCAAUUAACGUCGAGCUGGUGGGUGUUUGCUGCACGAAGAAAGUUUUGGAGCCAUUGGACUCUUGUCCCAAGGACUCCGUGUGUCUACCAGAGCCUCUGUGUCAGGGCAUCUCGCAGACCAACGUCAUUCCCCAUUCGUGUUUACUGAGUGGUACCGGCUACUCCAACCCCGGUAUUUGCUGUGCCCACAUCGAAAUAGUUGAACCGCCUACCCCGCUCGAGUGUGGUGUAGGCAGUGCUGAUAUUGCUACGCGUAUAAAGAACACGCACCUCCUUGACACUCAGAGCAAGUUUGCAGAGUUCCCGUGGAUGGGCAUCGUCUUUUUCAGGAACCAGACGUACAAGUGCGGCGCCGUCCUGGUGGACGACCUCUGGGUGCUCACCGCGGCUCACUGUGUUGCCGGGUUCAAGCCCAACGACAUAAGAGUGCGUCUUGGGGAGUACCAGGUGGACUACUUCGACGCCAAAUAUCCGUACGAGGACUACGACAUCACCAGCAUCACGGUGCACCCCAAAUUCAACUCUGCCAACUUGCACAAUGACGUGGCCGUGCUGAAGCUGGACAGACCUGUCACCUACCGCAACCACAUCAACAGAGUCUGCCUCCCGCCGCCAGACCGCAACCACGCCGCCGGCACGGAGUGUGUCGCCACAGGCUGGGGCAAGGAUGCUUUCGACGGUGGCAAGUACCAGGUCAUCCUUAAGAAGGUAACUCUACCCGUCGUUCCUUAUGACACUUGUCAGAACAAUCUGAGGAAAACCAGACUGGGACUCUUCUUUACUCUGGACAAAUCCUUCGUCUGCGCCGGCGGGAAGGCUGGCCAGGACGCGUGUACCGGUGACGGCGGCGGCCCCCUCAUGUGCCUCAACCCGAACAAUAACCGCUACGAGCUGUACGGCUUGACGGCGUGGGGCAUUGGAUGCGGCGUUGAGGGCAACCCCGGCGUGUAUGUGAACGUGCCUUACUUCAUGGACUGGAUCUACGGCAUCAUGAGCCCCACGCCGGAGCAGCAGCAGCAGCACUCCGCGGGGCCCUACGGCAAGUGAUCCACGUGGCGCCCGUAGGAGGAUGACUCAAGAUUCUAGCCAGUUGUUGGCGUUCACCAAGCAGUCCAGUUAAUGCAUUCUGUGAUAUGUUGUAUGUAACACUCGCGUCUUUGACUAACUGAGGAAAAACAGUCCCGAGCAUCCCCGCUUACUGCUUGUUGCCUUGUCACUGGCUUUUGUCUUUCCUUUUACAAUACAUAAGUGUUGAAUAAUAAAUGGUCUCACUUGC